AUGGGUUCGGUUCCACCUGAACUGAGCUUGGAUUUUGUUAGGCCUUCAACAACAAAAGCAUUACCGUUUUUGCCUAAAACGAUAACCGAUUUUCUCAGGGAGGUUUCGAUGAUCGGUGAUGCUGCAGUGAAGGUUUUGAAAGUUGAUGGUUUUCUUAAAGAUUUAGAAGAAGAAAAGAGAAAGAUCGAUGCUUUUAAACGAGAGUUACCACUUUGCAUGCUCCUUUUGAAUGAUGCAAUUCAAGUUUUGAGGGAGGAGUUAAUGCAAUGUGGAGCACCAAAAAAUCAACAACCAGUAUUAGAAGAAUUCAUUCCGUUGAAGAAAAAAUUUGAUGAUGAUGAAAAUAAUGGUUUAAUUAAGGAGGAGAAAGACUCUAAAGACAAGAAAAAUUGGAUGAGUUCUGUUCAAUUAUGGAAUGCUGAUGAGGAUCAUCAUCCCUCUACUGAUUACUUGUUUGAUCCAAAACAAAAUCUCAAAUUAGAAUCUAAGACAAAUAAGAAAGGAAAUCAGUAUGGAAAUGAGGAUACAUUCCAGGCUUGUAAAGGCAGGACUGCAGCAAGAACAUUUAUGCCAUUUAAAGCAUACUCUGGUUUAUCAAGGAAGGAGGAUGAUACUAAUAGAGAGGAAUUGCCAAUUCCUGCUCUCUCUCUUUUAACCCCUGGAAUUAAGAGCUUAAAAGAGGAAUCCAACUCUACUGGUUCAAGAAGCAGCUGUAGUAGAUCAGUUUCUACUACUUCUGCCCCUAAUUCAGAUUCAAAUUUACGGAAUGGACCUCAAUCCCAGCAGCAGAAUGCUAGGAAGCAGAGGAGGUGCUGGUCACCAGAGCUUCACCGCCGGUUUGUCAAUGCUUUACAUCAACUUGGAGGUUCUCAAGCUGCUACUCCAAAGCAGAUUAGAGAACUUAUGCAAGUUGAUGGCUUGACCAAUGAUGAAGUGAAGAGUCAUUUGCAAAAAUACCGACUCCAUACAAGAAGAGUGCCACCAGCUACGGCUGCCGCCUCUGCAAACCAAUCUGUUGUUGUUUUGGGAGGUUUGUGGAUGACCCAAGAUCAGUAUGGUGACUCCUCAAAGGCUACAAGUUCUCAGUCUGGCUCUCCUCAAGGUCCUCUGCAGCUAGCUAUAAACACUGGAGGGACCUCAAUUACAGGAGGUGAUAGCAUGGAGGAUGAUGAAGACGCAAAAUCUGAGGGCUAUAGCUGGAAAAGUCAUGCUUACAGAUCAGGAAAAGAUGAUGUAUAG